CGGCCCAUCCCGGGGCGCAGGGUGGACGCGGCUGGGCAGCCGCAGCGGCCUCUGCGUCAAGGAGCGGCGGGGCGGGGAGGUGCGGCGCCCAGCCGGACGACCUGGCUCCCUUCCCCCGCGGCGCCCGCAGCCUCCCCCUCUCCCCCGCAGCGGGUCGGCGGCCGCAGCGCGGGCGGGCCGGGCACGUGGGCGCCUCCGUCACACCCUCACUCACACCCUCACACACACCCGCGCGCACGCACCCGCGCGCCUGCAUCUCGUGCUCCUUCCCUGGCCGAAACACCGGCGCUCGCUAGUCCCUCGCAGCCAGCCCGCCGGGCAGCGACACCCCCACCGCCCGGCUCCAGCCCAGCCCCAGGGCCCGCCCGAGGCCAGCGGCUGCUUCUCUCUGGACAGCUCCUUCGCGGCCUCUGUCGCAGCCACUUGGACCCGACCCUUUGGCCACUGCCCCUGCUGUCGGGACGUGGGAGAAGCGAGAGGCGCCGGGUGGAGACACGGGAACGGUACCUGUAGAAUAUUGGACAUUCAGAUCCAGGAUCCAUUAAGACUCUAUCACCUUGAAAAAAGGAUUUAAUUGAUACCCUCCUCCAUCUUUUAUUCAUAUCAAUUAACAUUUUUCAAAAAAAAAUUAAAAAUUCACCAUAAGGGAAUUUUUAAAAAAUAAUACUACCCACAUUUUCCAAUGCCGAAGAAUAGCAAGGUGGUAAAAAGAGAAUUAGAUGAUGAAGUUAUUGAGUCUGUCAAAGACCUUCUUUCCAAUGAAGACUCAGCUGAUGAUGCUUUUAAGAAGAGUGAACUAAUUGUUGAUGUUCAGGAGGAAAAAGAUAUAGAUGUUGAAGAGGAAUCAGAAGUUGAAGAUGAAAGACCAGCUUGGAACAGCAAACUACAAUACAUCCUGGCCCAAGUUGGAUUUUCUGUGGGUUUAGGAAAUGUGUGGCGAUUCCCAUACCUAUGUCAGAAGAACGGAGGUGGUGCAUAUCUUUUGCCGUAUUUAAUACUGCUUCUGGUAAUAGGUAUUCCCCUUUUUUUCCUGGAACUUUCUGUGGGUCAGAGAAUUCGGCGAGGAAGCAUUGGUGUAUGGAAUUACAUAAGCCCUAAACUGGGUGGCAUUGGAUUUGCAAGUUGUGUAGUGUGCUUUUUUGUGGCUCUCUACUACAAUGUCAUCAUUGGCUGGAGUUUGUUUUAUUUUUCUCAGUCUUUUCAGCAACCUCUACCUUGGGAUCAAUGUCCUUUGGUGAAAAAUGCUUCACACACUUUCGUAGAGCCGGAAUGUGAAAAAAGUUCUGCCACCACCUAUUACUGGUAUAGAGAAGCCCUGAAUAUUUCCAGUUCCAUUUCUGAAAGUGGGGGCUUAAACUGGAAGAUGACCGUCUGCUUGCUGGCCGCCUGGGUUGUAGUUUGCUUGGCUAUGAUCAAAGGCAUUCAAUCUUCUGGAAAAAUCAUGUAUUUUAGUUCUCUUUUCCCAUAUGUGGUACUUAUAUGCUUCCUAAUCAGAGCACUCCUUUUAAAUGGUUCAAUUGAUGGCAUCCGCCACAUGUUUACCCCUAAGCUUGAAAUGAUGCUGGAGCCCAAGGUCUGGAGAGAAGCUGCCACCCAGGUGUUCUUUGCCUUAGGGCUGGGGUUUGGUGGCGUCAUCGCCUUUUCAAGCUACAACAAAAGAGACAACAAUUGCCACUUCGAUGCUGUCCUGGUGUCCUUCAUUAAUUUUUUUACAUCUGUCCUGGCAACAUUGGUGGUGUUUGCAGUUCUGGGCUUCAAAGCAAAUGUCAUAAAUGAGAAAUGCAUCGCAGAAAAUUCGAAAAUGAUCGUAAAAUUUUUGAGAAUGGGCAACAUUAGUCAGGAUAUUAUUCCUCAUCAUAUCAACCUGUCAGCUGUUACUGCAGAAGAUUAUCAUUUAGUUUAUGACAUCAUUCAAAAAGUGAAAGAAGAAGAGUUUCCUGCUCUUCAUCUCAAUUCCUGUCAAAUUGAGGAUGAGCUAAAUAAAGCUGUUCAGGGGACUGGCUUAGCUUUUAUUGCCUUUACGGAAGCAAUGACACAUUUCCCUGCAUCUCCCUUCUGGUCAGUGAUGUUCUUCCUCAUGCUCGUCAAUCUAGGGCUUGGCAGCAUGUUUGGAACCAUUGAAGGGAUCAUCACACCUGUUGUGGACACUUUCAAAGUGAGGAAAGAAAUUCUUACUGUUAUCUGUUGUCUUCUGGCAUUUUGUAUUGGCCUGAUAUUUGUGCAACGUUCUGGAAAUUACUUCGUUACAAUGUUUGAUGAUUAUUCUGCUACACUGCCUCUGCUAAUUGUAGUCAUUUUGGAGAAUAUUGCUGUAUCCUUUGUUUAUGGCAUAGAUAAGUUUAUGGAAGACCUGAAAGAUAUGCUGGGCUUUGCUCCCAACAGAUAUUACUACUAUAUGUGGAAAUAUAUUUCUCCUCUAAUGCUAUUAUCACUGCUAAUAGCUAGUGUUGUGAAUAUGGGAUUAAGUCCUCCUGGCUAUAAUGCAUGGAUUGAAGAUAAGGCAUCUGAAGAAUUUCUGAGCUAUCCAACCUGGGGAAUGGUUGUCUGUAUCUUGCUGAUGGUCCUGGCAAUACUCCCUGUCCCAGCUGUCUUCGUCAUUCGUCGCUGCAACCUGAUAGACAAUAGCUCUGGCAAUUUAGCAUCUGUGACCUAUAAGAGAGGAAGGGUCCUGAAAGAGCCUGUAAACUUAGAGGGAGAUGAUGCAAGCCUCAUUCAUGGAAAGAUACCCAGCGAGAUGUCAUCUCCAAAUUUUGGUAAAAAUAUUUAUCGAAAACAGAGUGGAUCACCAACUCUGGAUACUGCUCCCAAUGGACGAUAUGGAAUAGGGUACUUAAUGGCAGAUAUGCCGGACAUGCCAGAAUCCGACUUGUAGCCAGGGGGAAAACGUCAGCGGGUUCUAUUUGGUUCAUUUGUAUGAAUGAACAUGGGCUCUACUAAGAGAAGCAUUGGGCUUCACUUAUCAGAGGGUGAUCUCAGGUGUUCCUUGGCUGUGAUCUUUAAUCCUAAGUACAUGUAAAUUCAACUAGAGCAUUCCUUCAGAUUCUUUGGUUUACAUUUGCGCAGAAAGAGUUACAGAUAAAGCUUAUAGUGACUGAGGUCCAUGUGUGUCAGAAUUUUUAAAAAUACUUUUGGUGUUUUUUCAAGCAUUUCUAUCUCAAAAAAAAAAACAGGUGUUACCUCAGUUUGUAAUGAUUUCUGGUUUAAUAGUAUUGGCAAUUCAAAAAUGGUAUAAUUUAAAAUGUAUAAGUUUGCCUUCAGGGUAAAUCCCAGUAUUAAAAAAACAUUUCUGUAAGUUGGUGCCUCUAAGCACAUUUCCAUGAACAUAUUGUGUAGAUAGGCUGUACUUAUUUUGGUAGCAUUGAUACCUUCUUAGACAAUUAACUGAAGAAGACUGCAAAUAUUUUCUUAUGUAAUAGCUGUAUAGAGCAAUAGUAUCAAAGAAUAAGAAGGCACUAAUGCUGGAUGACAGUUUAGAUUCAGAGGUGACUGGGGAUCAUGUGCUCGAUGGCUGUAUAUUUUGUGUAAAAUAUGUGUGUGAAAGUGAUCUAAGAAUGAGUCACUCAGCGCUCUCAAGAAUUAUGCAGAUUCUGCAUUUUCCUAUGCCGUGUGCCUAAAAACCUACUUGAUAUUUAUUGUGGUUUCAAGAUUACUCAUAGUAUAUUUAUAUAUACUUGCAAUGUAUAUAUGUAUAUUAGUACUCUAAGUACUGAUUUGAAAACUUGAAGCAAGAUGGCAUUUUAUUUCAUAUCUUUCUGUUUUGCUUCUGUUUUAUGCAAAUAUAAAUCCUUUUUUAAGUGAUUGUUAAGAUUGUAUGGCAUUACAUUUUAAGCUACAAAUAAAUGAAGUUAAAAAUGA